ACGCAGGGUGCGCCGCUGCUGCGCUGCAGGAUGAGAGUGCGAGGGAGAGAACGAGAGACAAAGAUAGGGAGAUAGAGAAUGAAAGAGUGAGAAAAGGAGCACGAGAGAGCAGGGCUGCAGGAAGGAGGUCGGAAGAGAAGAGGAGACAGAAGGACGUGAGGAAGAAGAAGGACAAAGCAGCAGUGGGGUCUAGGGUGAACGAACCACAGUUUCUUAUUCUCCCUCAGCAGCCUUCAGCAGCUAUUCUCAUCCGAUUACUCCUUUGAUCUCUCUGACGACGCCAGAGUACGCAGUCUACUGGAGACUGUAAGUAAAACUCUAGAAUCCUUUAUUGAAGAUGAAGACAACAUUGCUAGCAGGCUCUUAUGAAAGAUUUGUGUGGGGUUUUGAUCUCAAAACUCUGAAAUUGUCGGGUACGAACCAUGAAGAAGGAGAAGGAGGAACGGGACAAUGGGAUGAGAAGAAAGUGAACCCUAGAAGCCAUUCCCUGCUUCCCCUCUUCUCCUACCCUUCCCAUAAUUCUUCCGUUCGGUCUGUUGCCGCAUGUGGCUCUGUUGCUGUCACCGGUGGAUCUGAUGACACCAUCAAGAUCUUCGACCUAUCAUCUCUCUCGGAGAUCGGCUCUCUCAUCCACCACACGGGUGUCAUCACCUCGCUCGCCUUCUUUUCCCUGACUUCCUCCCCAUCUGUUCCGCUGAAUCUCUUCAGCGGGUCGACCGAUGGCACCAUCAACAUCUACGAUACCGACCCCUUCGUUCACCUUAAGAGCAUGAAGGCCCACAAGAGGGGCGUCAACGACCUAACAGUCCAUCCCUCUGGGCGAUUGGCACUCUCCGUUGGCCAUGAUUCUUGCAUUUGCAUGUUCAAUCUCAUCAAUGGCAGGAGGAGCUUCAAUUGUCGGCUGCAGAAGGAAUCAGAGAUUAUCCGAUAUGACAGCAAAGGGGAAACCUUCUUCAUGGUUGCAGGACAGACCAUCUCCUUACACAAUGCUGAGGAUGCCAAGUUGAUCGGAUCGAUCGAAAACCCAAACAGAGUUCUUUGUGUUGCACCAGCUGAGGGAGGACUACUGUUCAUGGGAAGCGAGGAUGGGAAGCUGAGAGCUUGGGAUACAACUGCAGGAACGAUGGCAUAUUGCAUUGAUGAUGCGCAUGCAGCCCGUGUGAAGGGGCUAACCAUUCUUGGCAGCAAGGGUGAGGGUGGAGACCCCUCUUACAUGGUUGCGACGGCAUCUUCCGAUGGUGUAGUGAAAGUGUGGGACAUGCGCAUGUUUGGCAAUGGACAACAACCCCUUCCCUUAGCACAAGCCGAGACCAAAUCCAGGCUCACUUGCCUUGCUGGUUGUUCUGUUAUGAAAAUCUGAACGAAUGCUCGAAAUUCUCUCUCUCGUUUUCUCACUGAAAUAUAUGAUCAUGGUAAGAUGGUGCAGUGAAGAAGACUUUGAGAUUCGCCUCAUCCCGUGGAAUUGAUCUGUUUUUGGCUCCUUCAGUCUGUGGCAGCACAUGAGAGGCCCAAACAAAUCAAACAGAUAAACACCUUAACAAAGAUUGAAGCCUGAGAAAGCAACGCUGUCUUACUCUAUGGAGAUAUGAUCGUCUAGCAGCAGGGCUGGAAGGAACAUGCCUUUUUUCUGCAGUAGGCCUCGUCAAUUUUGCAGAUUUAGUCUCAUACACAACCGAAGAAGGUCGAAGUGUUUUACACCUUGUUUUAGAUAUCUCGAUAGUUUUCUGAAUUCACUUCGGUCAUCUUUGAUCACUAGAUGUGUUGCUGCAUGUAGAGCAUAUUUAGUAGACCAGUUGGAUGAAAAGGAUAAUAUUUUUGGCACUUUAGUAAAGGAGCUCGGUUAAAUGAUUC